UUACGUGUUUGUCACCGACCGAGAGAGAGAGAGAGUGAACUUAUUCCCAAGCUCUGCUGCCCUCUCAUCCCAGUCCUUCUGAGCUUUUCAGGGAUAAAGCACAUGGGAAACUGAGUAAUCGGAGAUAGACGAGUGUGGGAAAGAACGAGAAACACACGAGACUGCAUCAUUCCUCAGCAGGGAGACGAAGAGAAAAAAAACACCCAGCGCACAUCUGGAGGAGACAAGAGGAGGAAGGGACGAGCAGAGCCGCAGAAGAACGGAGUGAUUUAACGAAAGCGUGUGUGUUUAUGUGAUGGCCUUGGAGGUCCCGUGUCCAGCCUUACGAGAAGCAGUGACCCCCGACUUCGAGGAAGAGGGUUAGAGACUGCCAUCACCCCAACGUCCCUCAAGACACAAGAAUGAGUGGCGAUGUCCUCUAGCUAACCUCUCACACCGUUCAUCGUGCACUAGUGGACGUCGGGUGUAUGGCCGCGCGCAGGCUGGUGGCAGUGGCCUCGGCGGUGGCCCUGCUGUCUCUGGUGCUUAACAACAUUGCCACGUUCAGCUCCAGCUGGGUGCUGCAGGCGCUGGAGGACAGACGGCGGAGGAGCGUGGGGCUCUGGAGAGUGUGUACGCACGAGGACACACACACUCACGAGCCCACAGUCUGCCAGAGACUCAGCUGGGGGUCGGAGCUCGCAGGGUAUCAGGAGUCACGCAGCACUGUCAAACUUCAGUUUGACAUGAUGCGGGCAUGUAACCUGAUGGCUACGGUGGCUCUGACCGUGGGUCAGCUAAUCUUCCUGUUUGGGUUACUGGAGAUAACCCACAUUACCCAGGAUUCUCAGUGGUGGGAGGAAGCCAUCGCUGCCCUGUUCCAGUUAGCCAGUUUUGUGCUGGUGAUCGGUCUGGUGACGUUCUACAGGAUCGGCCCCUACACUCACCUGUCACACGCCUGCUAUGCUAACAUCGCUGCUUGCCUGUUUGCCACGCUAGCGGCCGCCAUGCUAAUCUGGAAUAUUCUGCAUCGGCGUGAUGACUGCAUGUCUCCGUCGGUCAUCGUCAUCAGCCGAUCUCUGACCACACCCUUCAGGCCGCGUCUAGACAAUGACUACGUAGAGUCACCAUGCUGACACACAAAGACACAUCUCACCUGAGACAAAACACAGACGGACGGACGCAAUACACAUGGAGAGGAUUUCUAUCGUUGCAUCUGAAACUGAUCUCCUGGACUUCAUGCUUAAGGAUGUGAGUGAUCCUGUGACCAGACUGAAUGGAAGACUUUUGAGACUCAUUAAACACAGAGGAAGGACUGUGGAUUAUGAAGAAUAAAACUGACAGAGAAAGAUCAAGCUGGAUCUUGACACGUUUAUAUUCAUAGCUGCACUUAAGAGAAAGUAGAAGCACAUUCUAUGCACAUGUAUCAGUUAUAAUUCUAUGAAACUUCAGAUUUUAAAAGGAGUCCAGGCAUUGAAUAUUGUUCCCAGAUCAAUUGAAUACAGUCCUUUACAGGCCGGCAUGGAAUCUGCUUGUUUAUACAUGUUUUCUGCUAAUUGAGGGGAAAAAAUAUGAAUAGGUUUUAAUAAGAAAAUUUGACAAAAACAUGUCAAAUCACAUUUUACUCUAAAAUACACUACAUUUUAUUUAAUACAGUUUGUCUGUGUGUGUGUGUUUUGCAUAAAGAAAUCAAGUCUAUUUUUAGAAACAUUGCAAUAUUUUGCAUUAUGACAUUACACUUUUUAGAGAGCUUCUUUUUAUUUAUUUUUAUUUUUUAAAUUAAAAUAACCAUAAAACAGUAAAACAAAUAUACAAAACUUAAAACCGUUGAAUAAUGUAAUGAGAACUCUGGGGGGGAAAAUUGCUUAAUUUCCAUAAAAAUGUGCAAUUGUUUAUUAUUAUUAUUAUUAUUAUUAUUAUUAAAAUUCAAUAUGAGAAGGAACAAGAUAGAAAUCAUGGAGAAAUAGUUGUUGAUUUUUCGGUUAUUAUGCUUAAAUACAAAGAACAUUUGCUUAAUUUCUUCAUUCUGUUUAUGAAAAUUAUAAUUAUAAUUGUUUUGUUUUUUUCAUCAUGGAGAGAUAUAUGACAGUCAAAUAUGGUAAAAUGUGUUAAGCAGAGCUGGAAGUAUUAUCAAAUUAAUCCAAAAUAAUCAUUCUAUGAACAUGUGAAGGCAACAAGACGGAUAUUUAGAGGAGCAGAUUCUGUGCAGGUCGUGUCAUUUGGUACCAAAAUUAUUAUAAUGACUAAUGCCUGUGCAUUCAUCUGAUAUGACAUAAUCUACAAGAAGCCCAAUGAGGACAUUCUGCAACAAUUCAGAAGGAGAUGAUCUGAAACGGAUCAUCAUUUUAUGAUAGACUGGAACUAUGUAAGUUCAGUAAACACUAGUCAUUAAUAUUUGCUAACCUGUGCCUGUGGUACCCAUUUAUGAGUAUAAUAUAGAGCUAUAUUAAUUAUAUUAUUAAAAUGUCACAUUUCACUCUGAGCUGGUCUGGUAUAAUACUAUUAAAGAAAUAAACAUUAAGCCAUUAAACACUCAAA